AUGACUUUAGAAGAAGAGGUGGAUGAAGAGCGAAAACCAUACGAGAGUGAUCGGUUAUGGCUUAUACGACGCACGUUUUUACGGAAGGAUCAGCUUUUAUGUAUGUCGCAGCUCUUCAUUAAUGUCAACAUGAUGGGAUGUACGUACAGUGAUGCUGUGAUGGAAAAAGUUCGACGGCUUGGUGCAGGAGUGAUGGAAACAGUGAGUCCCUCUUUUAAAAGAGUAGCAAAGCUGAAGUCACUGCAUAAAGAGCGACGAACUGAACGUUGGACGCUACUUCCAGCGGAAAAUUGGCGAGGUAUUUCAUUACAUCUUACCUUGGAAAAAUUUUCAUUCAGGUUCACUCAACCAGGCGUCAACUCUAUAGAAGGAGCUGUAAAUGCUAUCGUAGAAACAUUCCUACAUGGGGGCGAUGUAUCAAUAAAGGUACGAGCUCGUAAAAAUGUGGGCUGGUCUCAGAAGGUGGACAUUCGUAUUGGUGAUUUGUUAGCGUCGUCGAGGGUGCUGUCAAAAGGCGAAUGCGUUCGUGCAAAGUUGGACAAAGCCAAUGGCCAUCACCAAGAAGGUCAAGUUGGCUGGGCGGCUAGCCGAAAUGGAUCGUCACUGGCUCAGGGCUAA